ACUACCACACAUAACAGUACACAGAGCACUAAACGUCCACACAUUGCAAUACACAAAAUACUACACCACCGCAGGUUACAGUACACAAAGCACCAAACUACAGCACGCUACUACUAUCGCAGGGAACUCGCCAGGGGAGGCAAAGGGCCGUGGCCGGGGAUCUCCGAGCUCCUCCCGCCUCGCGUCACGUAAUCUAGGGGGUUCACUUCGUUGAUAGUUUCACUUUCUCUUCGCACUUGGAGUCCAUUUUCUAGGAGUCUUCGAAGAGAAGGAAGUGCUGAGGGCACAAAGGAGACGCCUCGUGACGGGUGUACACAGCCGACAAGAACCGCAACACAACCUGAGGACAGUACUGCACGGUGGUCUGCGGUAAUGGCAGAAAACGCGGCAUAUAACCUUACCACUGAGACCAUCCCCGACAAAGCGGAGAAGUUCCUCGGCUCCGAGCUGGAGAGGAGACAUUUCUUCCUGAAAGUGGCGCAGCUGGUGCUGUCCUUGGUGGCGUUCAUAUGUGAAGAGGUAAUCGAACAGUGUGAAUCCUGUACAGGCCUGUAUAUCUUUGAGUUUGUGAGCUGCAGUGCUUUCCUCCUUGCCUUACUCAUGUUAAUCGUAUACUGGACACCUCUAAGACGUAAAAUAAUCAUUGCAAGCUUCAAGAAAAUUGAUUUCUAUGUUACUGCAAUUGUUGGCAUUUGUUUCAUCAUUGCUUCUAUUGUAUUCGCGGCUACAAUGGACCAAGAUUCCCGUGCAAAAGUAUCUGUGGCUUUUGGAUUCUUCGCCUCCAUUGCAUUUUUAGCGGAAUUGUUUUUUAUGUAUAAAAGUGGCUAUAUAGCACAAAGUAAGGAGACAACAGCAGCUGGGGCAAAUGGCACAGUAGAGAACCAACCACUAAACGUGCCAGUGCAAGCUUCAGCCUAAUCAUCCGGGAUACAGAUUCUGGUGGAGAAGAUAUACCCUGGGAAAACCUGUUUAUUAUGAAAUUCAUUCAGUUUCAUGGUCUGUUUUUUUAUUUUAUGUAAAUAAUAUUCACUAUUUUGCAGAAUACAAUCCAUAAUGUGCCUUUUCCAUUUGCAUAUGCAGAAAAAUGUUACCUUUCCACAUCUCUGUAUGCUGUAAAAAUGUUUUUAUUCAUUCCAGAUAAUAGUUUAUGCAUGAUGGAAUACUUCAAUGUAUUAUUUAUUUUCUAUCAUCUUAUGUUAUGUGAGAAUAUGUAAGUGCCUUUUUAGGCUGCAACAAAUGUUGCCUAAAUCCAAAUAUUAUUUGGCACUAAACAAGGGUUUACAUCACAUUUUUUAAUGUAUACAUUGGGCACUCUACCUGGGGUAUAUGCUAAGCAUAGGCUGAUACACAAGCCACUGGUGGCAUCCAUAAUCCAUUGACUAAUACAGGAUACCUUUUUAAUUUUUUAUCCAUGUUAAGAAUCUGUUUAAUGGAUUUGUCACCAAUAGGCUAUAGUAGCACCAACAGCUACUAGAAAGCUCAUGAUAUAGCCAUAUAUUAGAUGCUUGUGAUGGACAGCAUACUUUAGCAUCUGUCACCCUAAGACUAAUAUGGUAUCCGUUUUAACAGAUAUGUUUUCUAAAGGAACCUGUUGGAUGGAAUAGUGUUUACAAUGCUAUUUCACGCUUAAGUGUCCUGCAAGGAAAUUAAGUGUACCAACAGUAUAAAUGCCAAAAUGACACUGAUUUGCCUCCGUUGGGCAGUGAUGGACAUGUUUAUUGGGUACUUUUGGUAGUUUCCUGUUUUAGUUCAUGAUUUUAAUGCACAUUUAGGGUAUAUGUGCAAAUUCAUGCAUAUGUUAAAUGUAUAGCUAUAUGUUUUUAUACAUCCCUAUGCAUUUUUUACUAUACCUAAAAUAGAAAAAUAUACGGUAACUGUAAAGAGGGGAUAACAGAGGAAUACAAUAGGUAACCAGCAUACCACUGUAAUCUGAAUCUGUAUAUAUACAGGAGUAGUAAGGUUAUAUAUACCAGUGCACAUAUACAGGGCAAAGUGGAGUAAAAGAUUCUCACUUUUGCAUUACAUUUUUAUUUAAACUUAGUUUAUUGAGAUGUGAUUAAACAUAAGGAUCACAGACAAUGCACAACAACAUUAGAAAAGUAAAUGUCCCAACCGGUACAACGGGCUCAAAGAACAGGAUCAGGCAGCACAAUUCAGCCCUAAAGCUCCCAUUAAAGUGACAGGGGCGCAUUUGAAAGUACCCUUAAAGUUUUAUACAACUUGCUGCAGAAAGCACAUGUGGCGCAAACUGUCUGAUCUAUGGAACACAGGACACUUAAAAAGGUGUCUAAUUUGUACAAGUCUCUUUUGUUAGAAGUAUUACCUGUGGUAAUUCUGAUCACAAGCUGUACUUUUGCUGGGACCCCCAGAAAUCUUCUGCAUCUUAUUCUGAAACCCAACAGCAAGUGUUCAGGGUUUUUAUACAGUGCCAGCAAAGGAGGAAAAGAAGCAUUACACAGGUCCCAUAGAAAUCAGUAGGAUGUCCUUGUAAUGCAUGAACGUGAUUCUCUAGAGCAUAAGACAUCAGCACGUUUGAGUUCCCAAAUAGGCUAUUUGGAAAACUGUUUUCUAAGACUUAUCUGGUGAUGAAGUAUAUGGCAGAUUUACUUUGGUUAUUAAACGGCUACUUCUGAAUGUAAUCUAAUUGGUUAAUUAUAAUUUAAAAAUUAUGUUUAUGUAGUUGCCAGUGCAGCAAGGGAACCAGACUGUAAAUUUUUUUUUAUUUCAUUUAAAUAUUUUUUUUUUUCUUCUUUUUAUUUUUUCUUUUAUGGCUUUGAAACCUUCUAAUAGCCUAGGCUCGCUGGCAGUGAAGUGACAACUACUGAAACUGAACAGGUUUUUUUUUAACAGUAAAGGGAGUGAUGCUGAAAUUAGGUUUGUGAUAUUUGAUUAAAAUGUAAAAUUUAAUGUUUUUAAAUAUGAUUUCUCCCUUUUUUUUUUUUUUUUAUUUCCCAAGCAAUCCGUACAUAUAAUAUGAGACAUUUAGCUCGCAUUUUCCUAAACAUUUUGUGUAGGUUAGAAAAAAACUAAAAUCUACGCGUGUUCACACUUAUUGGAGCAAGUAUUAAUCCAGAGAGUCGUCUAACGGCUACUAAAAUGAAUGAAUGGCAGUACUGACUUGAUGGAAAUACAUCUAGCAUAUACCAGCUAUCCCAACUUAUUGGAGGUUAUAAUCUACAAUCAAUUGCUUAAUUGUAAUGUGACCAUCAUAUAUUUAUUCAUAAAGUUAAGGAGCAUUUUUUAGGCUAAAAGCCAUCGGCUACUCUUUAAGGGAACACUUAUUUUCUACUGCUUUUCUGCAUUUUCAAUGAGCAUAUUGAAAAGAUAAGGCCUCGUUACACUAGCAGUGCACAUUUGCCAUCUGUACACUAUAUCGAAAACUAUCCAUAGACCCCCAGAACCCAACAGAGGCCAAAAAGAGAAUAAUUAGCGUCUCCAUUCUGGUGAUACAUCAGAGUUUAUAUUAAUUUGCUGGAAAACACAUGAAUGAAUAUUCUGUGACCUUAAUGGUUAUUAAAUCUUUGGAUGCCGAUGUGUACGGUAUAUAUUUCUCUUAUGUAUGUGUUUACUGUUCAGGACACUGAAUAUGAUGAUAUUUGGCUAUUUUUAAUCUUUCAGCUCAGUGAUUUUAUGCCACAAGUAAAUAUACAAUAUUGAAGAAAUUAAUUAAACCACUUUG